CCCUCCUCUGCAGCUAUACGUUAUUUCCAUCUGGCAGGGAGAGGCCAGGAAGCUGAGGGUCCCCCUGUUGGUCUGGGCUGCAGGCCAGUAGCUUGCCUGGUGGUGGAAGAAUGUCUCCCCGGCUCAGGAUAAUUAAGUGGCUUUUGUUAACGUAAAGGCAGGGUGGCAGUUUGGGUAUAGGUGCCCAGCCCUGCUCAGAGACCUGUGCCACCCAAGGCCUGUGCAGAAGGUAGCUUCCAGCUAAGGGGUGCCCAAUAGCAGCUUCCCCUGUUGGGACGAACUUUCAAGCCAGGGUUGAGGCAAAGGCAGGGGGAGCCAGCCACCUGAGAGCGGAGGAGGGAGGCCCUGAUGGUCACUGCAGGGUCCAGAGCCCCAGGCCCCAGGUGAAUUGUCUGGCUGAUGUCUGAGCAGUGAGCUGGAAUCCACUGGGACCUGGGGACAAGGGCCCAGGCAGCAGAUGAAGCCAGGACUCAGGCCAAGGAGGGUUCCACAAGAACUGUCUUCUUUAGGAGCUGGUACAGGGUUCAGCCAUGCUGUCGGCUCCUGGAGGGUUCUCUGGGUCCCCGGUUCUUACAGAGUGGGCCAGAGUGCCUUGGUAGCACAAGUCACAGCAGGCGGAGAAAGGAGAGCACAAGUCUGGCAGCCAGUCUCCAGUGGGCUCGUGUGGCCCCUGCAGGGCCAGGAUGGGCCCUGGGCUCUGGGCCAUGGCCAUGGCCAGGGGUACGUCCUCAGCCUGCUGGGCAGUUCUGUACUUGACUCCUCACAUCUGGUUUCGCUUUCAGUUUAUUUGCUGGGGCCAGCCCCCAUGUGCAGCAGCAUCUCUGGCCUGUGCCUGGUGUACAGUCCCAGAGGGGUGGGCCUGUUCCACCCCUGCCCCUCAGUACCAUUCCAGGAUUUUGAAACCUGAAAGAAAGCAAAGAACCUCCAGGCCAUUUGAUGCAUAGGGCAGUAGCUGUGGGUGUAAGGUCAGAGCGAUGGAGGUAGCGAGUCUCAUGAGGGUAGAAGCGGCCUGGGUGUCCCUGGCACCUGAUUUCUGUGCUCUGGGUAGCAGGUAGCUGUCCAGAGGCCAAGGAGGUGCCUCUGGCUCCAUGCCUCUCAGGCCAGGCUCAGCCCUUGGCAAGGUGGUUAGCAGUAGUACUGCCCACUAGCCAGUCUGAGUGCCUAGAGUAAGGCCUGGCCCUUGUCUCCAAGUGGCCACCAUGGUCUCCUUCCUGCACAACUUUGUCCUCAGUCUUGGUCCUGCUCUCAGCUCCCUCCCCUCUCCCAAAGGAAGCUGGCGCUACUGGCUGUGAAGUCCUGAGACCCAGAGAGAGGGGGUCUCAUGGUAGAAUGUGAGGUGCCAGGGCAGGGGGUACUUGCUUGCUUGCUUGUUUGCUCGGGAUCCUUCACCUGAAAGAGACAGAGGCCCACCUUGGUGUUAGGUCAGUUCUUCCCGGAAGUGCUGGCUUGCGGAUCCACUACCUCCUGCCCAGCAUGACUCAUCACAGCUAUAUACAACAGCAGGAGGUGGGGAUCCCUGAGGAGUCUUUGGGGACCAGUCACAUGUAAGGAAGGUUGUCCUGCUUUAAGGCCCUGUGAUUCCCAGAGCUGUGGUGCCUUUCCCUUUCCCCAUCCCAUAGCCAGCAUCCUAGGAAUACUUAAAGAGUCCUGCCUGGCACUGGGGAAGGAGGGCCUAGGAAAAUUAGGCAUCAGCAUUAAUCCUGGACAUGCUGGGCACCCCCUAAUCUGCUUAAAGUUACCCAUGGCUGGUUGAGGGGCCCCAGGGCUCCUGUUCCCAGCAUCACCUGUGGCUGCCCAGGCUGGUACACAUCCUUUGAGGAGAUGCUGUUCCCACAGUCGGGAUUCUGCCCACCACCCACUAGCUGUAUGGCUUGUUUUCCCUUCUAUGAAAUGGAGGUAUCCUUGUGGCCACGUGGUGAAAGUGACAGCAGAGCAGAUGACCUCUCUGCUGACACCCAGGUCUGAGUCCGUGGCUGGGUAACUCACUAGUGGCCUGGGUAUCAGCAGAGAUCCUUGGUUGUACGUGGCUUUUCUGUUUCUCUGGUGGAGACAGAUGCUCAACCACAGCUAUUUACACAGGGUCAUGAAAUGUGCUAGGGUCCCCAUGCAGACCUACCCUGUCACCAUCAAGAGCCAGCAGGCCUGGGGUUUACAGCUAGCUUAGACAGAGACACUGAGCCAUCAGGGGAAGAGGGCUGAACUUCAGGUCCUGGGAGGUGGUACCUUGAAGAGGGAGCGGGAGGCCAGCUGUGGGACAGGGGAGGCAUCUUGUGCAUCCUUCAGAGCUGGCUUGGCAAGGAGUGGUGAGUGAGAAGGCUUUUGAACUCUGGAACAAAGACCUCGUUGUAAUGCCUUUGACCUGGGACAUGUGGGUGAAUUGAGACAUUUCCAGUGGCAUUGUUGGGGUGAUAGCCCUAGUCAGCACCUCCUGCCUUCCACUGGCUGCCAGGUCUCUGUCCGUGUGCCUUCUUGCUUACUGGGAGUCUCUCAGAUGGAAGGUCUAUGCCUGCCCAUCAGGGGCCUCUGGCUGGGACCACAGGCGCCUGGAGGGUGGCUGUGAGCAGGCCAGCAAGUCUCUGCUACCCUCUUUCUGAAGAGAUGUGUCUGAAGGCUGCGCUGGGCCCUGCACGUCACAGAACCCCUCCACCAGAGGCACGGAACAGCCCAUGCAUAGAAGGCACUGGAACCAUUUUCAGCUGAAGAACAGGCAGAGGAGUUAAGUAAUUUGUCUUGAUGUGGAAACUUGGAGGUUGGUCCCCUUUCCAGGGCCCUGGGGGAUCCUGAGAGCAGGCUGAUCAGGGCCAAAAGUCCAGUAAGCGUGCAUUGGCAGGGCCGCAAGCUGGGAUAGUUGAGGUGUCUGUGAGCUCCCCGAAACCCCUGCUGAAGGGUGUUUCUGCCAGUCAAUGCUUGUGGAUAGUAGUGGCUCCCGCUCCUGACUGAUCCUCUGAGUGCAGAGGCAGGCUGCAGCUGAGAUCUCUCUGGAAGGCAAUCUGUUCCCAGAUAAGCCUGUCUAUCUCAGAAACACAGAGGGGCAGAAACAGCAGACACUCAGAGUGGACCUGGGAGCUUAGGAAAAGGGAUUUUGCUCAGACUUGCUUUCUUCCCCCUCCACUGUGUAACAGGGUUACGGACAGCAAAACGUUUAAACAGCUGUGUGCAUUUGUCAUUAGGCCAUACCAGGGCAUGCAGCACGCUUUUUGGCUCUGUUUGUGGAAAUCCUCCCACUUUGACACGUGCAUCAGUAUCAAGAUGCUUUCUUUGUAAGACAUCCUUGUGCCUCAAAGACCACAUUGGCUUUACCUUCCUGCAGGCAUCCCUGGUCUGACGUCUGCAAGGUGGUGAUGUCAGAGAUGUGGCCACUGUGAGCAAAACUGCCUCCAACUUUCCAGGAUUAUUUCCUCCUCCUCCUCCUCAGGGACUACAGGCCAGGACAGGAAGCAGGGAAAUGAGUCAACAGAAUUUUUCCUGCCUCAGCUUUCCUGCGCAGAAUCUCAGCUUAUUUCUUGGCACUGGCAGGAUAGCUGAAAGAUUCUUACACUCCCUUGGAAGCAAGGAAUUCUGAGUUCCUCUGGUCUAGCUACAUAUUUUACCAAUGAGAAAACUGAGUCUUCAGAAUUUUCACCCCUUUCCAAAUCCAAUACUUUGGUCUCAGUUGAGCUGUGAGCAGAGGAGGGAGACUUACUCUACCUUGGCUCAAAAGAGUAUUGAAAGAAUGCAGAGAUCUCUCUCUAGACCCAAGGUUGCAAGUAAAUCCCAGCCUCAGGAGACAGGGAUGGAACAGAAAGGUGAUGCAAGGCAGAGCAACCAGUCUGUCCCCGUCUCUCUUUUGGGUACCAUGUGGACCGGAAAUACAGUUGUGCUCCUCUGCUGUGAGCCAGCCUUGCCUUCUCUUCUUGAGCCAAGACCUCAGCCUGUCAGCUCCAGACUCUUUAUAGCUCCUCAGUUGGGGAAGUAACCAGUAACUGACUAUGACCUCUGGUUCUCUGAGUUCAAACUGCCAAGUAGUUUCCCAGCAAUUUGAGAGGUUGAGGCAGCAGGAUCUCUUGAGUCUAUGCGGUAGACCCCUGAGGAAUAGAGCAAUUUAUUUAAAAAAGGAAAAGAAAAAGGAGUUUGAAUCUGAGUGGUUCCUGGCCAUGCAAUGGAUUAGAUAUCCAGUGCCAUCCAGCCAGCUGUGUUUGGGAGAAGCAUUGGAUGGAAAAUGACGGCUCUCUAGCUAAACUUAGCUGUGCUGUUGAGAGCAGGUUUUAAAGACGUGCUUGAGGAUGGGGGUGAUAGGCUACCCAGAAUCACAGUAGCUCUAACCACUCACUUGUUUAGCAGCUCUGUCUGCUGCAAAACAAGCACAAAUGAGCAAACAAUUUUUUUUUUGUCUUUUUUGUUUUUAUCGGUACCAGAGAUCGAACUCACAACUGCCUGCUUGCAAGGCAGGCGCUUAUGCCACUGAGCUAAAUCCCCAGCCCCUAUGAGCAAAGAAUUUGGGAUUCAAGUACUGGAUUUAAGAUUAUGGGCUGGAGGUGGAGCUCAGUGCUGAAGCCUUGGUUCGAUCCCCAGCAUUGCAAAAAGAAAAAAAAAAAAAGGUUGAAUGGUAACUGUGGACUUACAAGUGAGAACACUUUGUGUCCUCCUGGGUAAAAGGAGCUAGUAGUAUAUUCCACACAAGAUUUAGGGGUGGGGGGACGGGGAGUUCUGGUUUUGUUUUGUUUUUACAAGGGUGAAACACAGUAUUCAUUCAUGCAUUUAUUUCACAAUUUUUGAACACUUUCUUUUGUCUCAGGCCCUGUGCUGACUGGAUAUGCACCCUCUGCCUCUGCAGACCAUAGAGUCUAACUGAUGUGAGCACUUGGCACUUGUAGGCGGGACUGUACUGUGAGCGUGUGGUGGCUUUUUAGAUUCUCCAGUGCCACACAUGGACUCCUAGGUGUAUCUGCUACAACUUUGGCUUAGAUUUUAUGCUUACUAAGGAGUCACCUGUAUCAUGCAGUUUUCCCAUGCUGGGACAGUACCUGACACUGCACUUUAAGGAGGAGUGCUUUACUUGGCUCGUCAUUUCAGAGAGUUCAGUCUUGUCCAGCCAGCUCUGAGGCAAAAACACCACAGCGGAAAGGCAAGGCAGAGUAAAGCUGCUUAGUUCAUAGUGGCCAGGAAAAAAAGGGCAAAGGACAAGAUGUGGACCCCAAAGUCAUGACUUCAUGAUCUACCCAGACACACCCCAGAAGUUUGCUUUCCUAAUACCUAAGCUGCUCCCAAGCCAUUCAAGUUGGCAGUUAAGCUUAACUGUCACACAUACCCGAUUGCCAAUUCAGCCUUGCAAGCUAUCCAGCUCCUAAGAAAUGACUGUCCCAAUAAAGAUAGGAAAGGCCAUUUGUAGAAAAGCAGGUUUGUUAUAGUUUGCAUUACAGAUAAGUGAACUACCAUUCUUAUCUCUGAAAUAGCCUUGUAAGAGUUUGGUUCCCAUGAACCAGUCUCCAUUUGGAGGUGGUGACUGCCCCUCACAAAGUCCCAUCUGAGCCUUCAGAAAUUUGCUCUGAUUGUGCUUCUCUAGUGCAGCAUGUUUGUGCCCCUGCUGUAACCACUAAUCAGAAAAUCCCCAGUUAAUUCUGGCCCAGGACAUCUCUGAUGUACUUCAGAGCUGGCUGGAGUGAAAAGGGCUGGGGACUUGGGUCCCAGGGCAGAGGUGGAGACUCUGAUCAAACCUCUGGCCCUGCAGCCUCGCUGCAUUAGCCCGUGAAAUGGAGGUCAUUUGGAGAAUAAGAUUGUCGGGUAGAUUAGCAAUGAAGAACAUGGGCUUCAAGUUAGACAAUCUUAGGUUUAGUCUUGAUUUGGUCAGUUGGUGACCCCUGAGAAUUGUUUGGGUCUUUCAAACUUGAAUUUUUUCACCUGUAAAAUGGAGAUAACUGUACCCAUAGCUAUGGGUUGGUAUUGCUGAUUGAAAAGGUUCACUACAGACAUUCCUCAUUUAACAACCAAGUUCCAUUCCUGCACCUAGGUUGUUAAAUGAAUUGGUUGCUAAUGAGGAAUUAUAUGGUGUGUGCAUUGCAAUAUUCAGAACAGAGAGAUGGUCAAAGGAAACUCCAGCCCAAUGACUUUGCUUCGAUUUGUAUAACUCCUAAUUAGGGGCAGUACUGUAGUGUAUAACAACGUAAAACUGCAGUACUCUGCCACGCAGUACAGUUGGCAACAGUGACAGUGGCGUAUAAACAAGGUGUCCUACCGAAGACAUUGAAGCUUUAUAAAUAAGAUGGACAGCGCUGUGCAAAAAAAACCAAACCAAAAACAGAUUGUAAGUCCAGUCAUUGAGCAGGUAGCUCUUUAAACAAAGAAUAUCUGUAUUGGAGCACAGCGAAUUAGAGCCACCAGUCAGGACACAGAACUGGGGCAACCUCACCUUCCAAAUGGGCCAGAGAGGAUCACACCAGUAGUUCCGAGGACUCACUCAGCCCAGAAGGUCAUGAGCUGGAUACAGCAGCGAAGAGUUUACUGUGUGGCUGUGAGGCCAGGACAGCUCCUGCUGGGCUCAGGGUCACCCCCCUGGAGUUCUUAUUUGGGCAGCCGUCCUUGUCCCAGUCUGUGACAGGAAGAGGGGUUGAAAACAGAAGUCAGAGUUGGGGCCGGGGACUUAGCUCAGUGGCAUAAGCGUCUGACUGGCAAGUGCAAGAUCAUGAGUUUAAUCCCCGGUACCAAAAAAAAAAAGUCAGAGUCACAUUGAUGACCUACGGCGGUAGCCUCAGGGGAUCGGGGCCUCCAGGUAAAGUUGGGAGAUGAAAGGCCCUCCCGUGAUAACCCCAUACUGGCCACGUGGCACAGAUAAAGAUGGGUGUCAUCAGGAAGGCUACAUGUAGGACGAAGAAGCCUUGAGCUGGGCCUUGGAGACAAAAGCAUUCUGAUAGGCAAAGGGGAGUUCAGAGUGUUGGGAUGAGGACACAAAGCAGGUGUAGGGGUGCCCAGAGCAGCCAGGGUAGAUUAGCCAUGCACCUGUGCAUGGAAGGGCCAGCAGGGAGGAGUGGGGCCUAGGGCAGGCCACUCUGGCUGCCCACAGAGGAAGGGCCACAAGGCCAUCGGGGGGACAGAGAGGUGUCCAGGGGCUUGUGAGCACCGAGCACUGUUAGCACCUGUCUGGGGGCCAGCAGGGACAGACACUUUGUCCACCUUGCUUAGGUUGGACGGGUAGGAUGGAUGGUCACCUAGACCAGGUGGACAGAGGCAACCCAACUUCCCAAAUCCAGACUGACCUUCACAGAGACGCCCAGAGAUGCUCUGUCUACACCUCACACCGCACACUCAUGCCACCUCAGUCCCCAAGUGAAGUGACAGAGCCCACCCCUGGCAGAAACACAGGGUAAAGAUCUCCCUAGCCCAGUCUCUCUGCUGUUACAUAACAGAUCACAGCAACAUGUGCUGCAGCCACUUUCCGGGGAGUGGGAUCUAUCAGGACCUGGGGGACUCUGAAUUGACAAACUAUACCCUCCUCGCUCCUUCCCAGCAGACUGCUUGGCUACUUGAUAGGACACAGUUCAGCAUUUGGAUUUCAGUGAUCGCGCUGGCAGUGCCUGGUGCUGGCCCGGAGAAGCCACUCUCACCCCUUUAAGGUUCCAUAACCGCAUCCUCUGGGUUCCAGUGCUAUCCUAGAAUCUGGACCUCACAGCAGGAACAGCCAGGAGCCCAGCUAGCUCUGAUGUCCUGCCAAGUUGGGGAGGCAGGCUGGUGGUUCGUGAGCACCUCUGAGGAGCAGGGCUGGGUCCCUGCCACCUACCUGGAGGCCCAGAACGGCACUCGGGAUGACUCAGACAUCAACACCCCCAAGGCCGGGGAAGUGUCCAAGAGACGCAAGGCCUAUCAGCGGCGCCUGGAUCGCCGAUGGACCCUGGGCGGAAUGGUCAACAGGCAGCACAGCCGAGAAGAGAAGUACAUCACUGUGCAGCCCUACACCAGCCAGAGCAAGGAUGAGAUUGGCUUUGAGAAGGGCGUCACUGUGGAGGUGAUCCGGAAGAACCUGGAGGGCUGGUGGUACAUCAGAUACCUGGGCAAAGAGGGCUGGGCGCCAGCAUCCUACCUAAAGAAAGCCAAGGAUGACCUGCCAACCCGGAAGAAGAAUCUCACAGGCCCAGUGGAAAUCAUCGGCAACAUCAUGGAGAUCAGCAACCUGUUGAAUAAGAAGGCAUCUGGGGACAAGGAGACACUGCCCGCUGAGGGCGAGGCCUCUGAGACCCCCAUUGCUAAGAAGGAGAUCAGCCUGCCCAUUCUCUGCAAUGCCUCCAGUGGCAAUGCCUUGGGUGUUCCAGAAAGGACUAUCUCCAGGCUGGCCCAGGGCUCCCCAGCUGUGGCCAGGAUUGCCCCACAGAGGGCCCAGAUUAGCUCCCCGAACCUAAGGACAAGACCUCCACCUCGGAGAGAAUCGAGCCUGGGCUUCCAGUUGCCCAAGCCACCAGAGCCCCCUUCCGUUGAGGUGGAGUACUACACCAUCGCUGAGUUCCAGUCUUGCAUCUCCGACGGGAUCAGUUUCCGGGGCGGACAGAAGGCAGAGGUCAUCGACAAGAACUCAGGCGGCUGGUGGUACGUGCAGAUCGGUGAGAAGGAGGGCUGGGCUCCUGCCUCCUACAUCGAUAAGCGCAAGAAGCCCAACCUGAACCGUCGUACAAGCACACUGACCCGGCCCAAGGUUCCCCCACCAGCACCCCCCAGCAAACCCAAGGAAGCUGAGGAGGCCACUGCAGGUGCCAGCGAGAGCCAGGAGUCCCCGCUGAAGCUCAAAUAUGAAGAGCCUGAGUACGACAUACCGGCCUUUGGCUUUGACUCAGAACCAGAGCUGAGCGAGGAGCCCACAGAGGACAGAGGCUCAGGGGACAGGCGGCCUGCCCAGCCACGCAGGCCCUCACCCGCCUCCUCCCUACAGCGGGCCCGCUUCAAGGUAGGCGAGUCGUCAGAAGAUGUGGCACUGGAAGAGGAGACCAUCUAUGAGAACGAGGGCUUCCAGCCAUAUGCAGAGGACACUCUAUCAGUCAGAGGAUCCUCCGGGGACAGUGACUCCCCAGGGGGCUCCUCCUUGUCCCUUGCCAGGAAAAACUCCCCAAAGUCAGGUUCCCCCAAGUCAUCCUCACUCUUAAAGCUCAAGGCAGAGAAGAACACCCAGACAGAACUAGGGAAGAACCAUUCCUCAGCCUCCUUCUCCUCGUCCAUCACCAUCAACACCACCUGCUCCUCAUCUUCCUCCUCUUCCUCCUCCCUGUCUAAGAACAGCGAUGACCUGAAGCCCCGCUCUGCCUCAGACGCAGCCAUCCGUGGCACUCCCAAGGUUGGGGCCAAGAAAGAUGCUGACGUGAAGGCCGGACUGACCUCCUGCAUGCGGGCUAAGCCCUCUCUUCGGCCCAAGCCAUUACUGAACCGGGCAGAAUCACAGAACCAGGAGAAGAUGGAUAUAAGCACUUUACGGCGCCAGCUGAGACCCACGGGCCAGCUCCGGGGUGGCCUAAAGGGCUCCAGGAGUGAGGAUUCCGAGUUGCCCCCUCAGACAGUCUCAGAGGGGCUCAGUGAGAGGUCCAGGAGAGGCUCAGCUGAUGUCAUCACCCUCUCCACUGCCACUCCACAGUGUCCCCCCAAGGAGUGGGAAGGGCCAGCCACCUCCUAUGUGACCUGUAGUGCCUACCAGAAGGUUCAGGACUCGGAGAUCAGCUUCCCUGCGGGCGCCGAGGUACAAGUGCUGGAGAAGCUGGAGAGCGGGUGGUGGUACAUCCGGUUUGGGGAGCUGGAGGGCUGGGCACCCUCCCACUACCUGGUCCCUGAGCGGCAGGAGCAACCCGAGACCUCUAACACGGAGCCAGAAGCCGUGAGGAGCAAGGAGAGUGAGGGCAAGUCAGACAGCCUGGAAAAGAUCGAGAGGCACGUGCAGGCGCUCAACACUGUCAACCAGAGCAAGAGGGCAACCCCGCCUGUCCCUUGCAAGCCCCCCGGGGGCUUCGGCAAGCCCUCAGGUGCCACAGUGGUGAAGAUGCGGAAUGGCGUGCGGCAGGUGGCGGUCAGGCCGCAGUCCGUGUUUGUGUCCCCACCACCCAAAGAUAACAAUCUGUCCUGUGCCCUGCGGAGAAACGAGUCCCUCACGGCAACGGACGGCCUCCGAGGCGUCCGGCGGAAUUCUUCCUUUAGCACCGCACGCUCGGCCCCCUCUGAGACCAAGGGCCGCCUGGGGGAGCGCGCUGCCAGCCAAGGGUCGGAUUCACCCUUGCUGCCCACCCAGCGGAACUGUGUUCCCGUAUCCCCUGUGCGCCCCAAGCCCAUCGAGAAGUCCCAGUUCAUCCAUAAUAACCUCAAAGACUUGUAUGUCUCUAUCGCGGACUACGAGGGGGACGAGGAAACAGCAGGCUUCCAAGAGGGGGUGUCCAUGGAGGUACUGGAGAGGAACCCCAAUGGCUGGUGGUACUGCCAGAUCCUGGAUGAGGUGAAGCCCUUCAAAGGCUGGGUGCCCUCCAACUACCUUGAAAAGAAAAACUAGCGGGGGCCAUAGGGUCCCUCCGGCCAGUGUGGCGCUGUAGCUGCCACUGGAUGAGCAGUGACCACGAGUAGACAAAAGGGGAAGGACAGCCUGGGAGGAGGGGGGAGAUACAGCAUGGAACCUAGCAGAAAGUGUGACCUCCCUCACCUCUCCCCAGCUAGGAGGAAGGGGAUGAGCAGGAAAGGGAAUGGCGGGGGAGAACUGAGCCUUGGACCCAAGCGUGCACCACAGUGACUUUGCUGACGGACUGUGCACCAUCGGGGACCAGCAACACAGAAACCCCGAUCAUGCCUUUGCCGCAAACCUGGAAAAGAUGUGAUUGUAGGGACCUCUGGGGUCCUGCCCCGCUUGGCUCUUCUGGGGCAGGCAUCUUGCCACAAAGGUAGCCCUGGUAUUGUCCUAACCUGUAUUUGUGAAUUGUUCAAGGUUCCCAGGGAUAGCCACUGCCCUCAGAGGUGAAUGCGUGUGAAGACACCACCAGCCCUGAGGCUUGGAGGUGUCUCAUGUGAGCUUGUGUGCCCCUGGGCCAGGCCACUGUCAGUGUCUUGUAGGUGAGAAAAAAGUGGUUCCAAAGUGCCAGCGAGGGUCAUCCUUCUUAGAUGUCCCUGUUCUGGCCUUGAGGAGGAGCCUGCCCUUCUCCGGGCAGCCCUUGGAGGAGGCAUUCCCACUGGGCCCUUUGUGCCCAGCAGACUUAAGGGUGUCUCUCAUGGGUGAUUCCUUGGCGUGUUUCCAGAGAGGGGUAUUGAUUCGGGAAUUAUAUAUAUAUGUCAGGUCUUGGGUUUGGGUCUCACUCGGGUUGUUUGGGAGCCCGAGGGGGGCCGGCCUCACACGGGAGGGUAGACUUUCUGUUGUACUCUGUAGGAGGGGUUUGUUUUGAUUUGUUUGCUUCUGGCUUCACGUGUUCCCCUCCCAGAUGCCAAAGUUGUUCCCUUUGGUUUCCACUGUAUGGACAGUGCCUGGGGAUGGCACUCGCCAGAGAGAUGGGGGCUGGUUAAGUCCCAGUCCCAUACUCAGCGAUAAAAUCUUCUUUUGGCCCAACUGCUGGGGGGUGGGGGGUAAAGACUCUCCCCAGAGGGAGGAGAGCCUGAUGUCGGAGAGGAAGCGGCUGGCAGGCCAUUCAUUCUGUGUACGUUCUCCCACCAGGCGGGCUGAAAGCCUUACAUAGGAACUGUGGAGAAACGGCCAUGGCCCCCACCCUGGGUAGAGGGGACCCCACCUGGGCCCUGGGUCACACUGAAUGGACACCACCAACCACCCUCUUUUGCCUGUUGGCAGCACUACAGAGAAGACAGGACCCCUAUGCCAGGUGCUAGGUGCCAGCGCUGUCUUCCCGCAGGGCAGCACUCUGGCGAAGAGAGAAGCAGAGGGUGAAGUCUGCUGCAGAUCCUGUGUCAGCUCUGGACUGUGUCUUUCAAUGUUGACAUUUCAGAGGGGACCAUCCAGCUCAGCAGCUCCCCAAGGACUGGCCGUGGCUGCUGCCAGGAGUGGAUUUCGCACGUGCCUUUGUUUGGGACAGAUCAGGCCUCAGAGCUGCCCCAUCACUCAGUCGGCUGGGCUGGGGCUGCCCACCCCUCGCCGGGCAGGUCAGCCAGGACCCAGCAUCUCGGUUGCCCCAGAUCCCAGAAGCCUCUCCUGGGGUCUCCCAGCCCUGGCAGAUGCUCGCAUUCUUUGUCAAAGGGCCAUGGUGAGGUAGUUUUGUUUUGUUUUGCUCAUGAGCUUAAAAUUGAAAUUAGUUACUUUAUUUUUUUCUGCUGGACAGUAUUAAAUAGAACAGGAUGUUGAGUUAAUCUGCUAGAUUGCAGUACUAAUGGUAGUGGUUUAGUGUCCUCAUAUUAAUAUUAUUUGUACUUAUUUGAACAAUAAUGAUAAGGAAGUGGUUCAUUAUUUUUUAAUUAAUGCACUUUAAGAUGGAAUGAAAAGAAGCCCAGAGAGCAAAGUGCAUUACUUAAAGAUGCAGUAUAUACUUUUCUCGUUUUUAAACAGCACAUAUUUAUUAAAAGAAAAGUAAUUUAUGAUUAUUUAAAAUAAAAUUUAAAAGUAGCGAGACUGUCGGGUUAAAGGACCUUCCACAGAUGCCUCCCAGGGGUAGGGCCCUCAGCCUCGCUCCACAGAUGCCUGCACUGAGCCGGUGCCACCACUCACACCAGCCCCAGCUGGAGGGACAGGGCAGCUGCUGGCCACAGAGCGUCUCAGUAGGGCCAGCCUCAGCACUCCCCAGAGCCUGCCCUCCCGCCCCAUCAUCCACACUGCCCGGCAGGCUCUCUGCAGCCCCCAGGGACCCCCUCUCCUAGAUUCCCAGCAGGACUGGAAGGGACCAGGGAGGUCACUCUGUGCCACCCGUAUCUGUUCUGCAGCCUGAGGCCAGGAAAUGAUUUUCCCUAAAUCACACGACUAGUUCACAGCAUGCUUCCCGCUGCGUUCAUCCUGUCUCGGUUCCCCCCUCCCUGCCCCAGUUUAUCACGUGGUCAUCAUGUUUACAUUGUGACGUCCAGCCCCAGGGUGGCUGGGAGCUGCUCAGGCAUCCAGGAACAGUGGAGAGUGCUGCCACCUGGUGACAACACAUGGAUAGUUCUGGGCAGUGAACAGGAAAUUGCCGUGCCUGUCUCUGCACCACACCCUCGCCUUCACACACUCCCCCACAGCACAGCACAGCACAGCACACACCUGCAGACCCAAAUUUGUUAAUACUUGAAGCAAGAAGGUGCAUGCCAGUCCUUCUCAGACUCAGCCAGGGGUGCCAGGCUUCGUGCCCUGCACUCCUCGUCUGACCCAGGGCGAGAGGGCCUUUCCCUAGAGCUACUGAGCUACUUUGUGACUUCAGAGGGGGCUGCUGGCAGCAGCGGAGGAGGCCUGGGCUCUGACCCAUCUGGAGGAAAACCAGAUCAGACUUAAAGGAAAAAAGAAUGAAAUCUCAGCAGUGUCCAAACCUAAUUUUCCAUUGGUUGCAAUUGAAAAUGUGAAAUGAUGUUGUUUUGCUGUAUACUGCAACUUUAAUCAUAAUGAGCCCUUCUGAGGUCAUUAUUGAGGUUUAUAUAAUGCCCGAAGAUGCAUCAUUUGGUGCUUUGUUCUUCUUUCACUUUAAAGGCCUUUUUCUUUGACAAGGGAAGAAAAGAUUUUCAUCUCUGUCUCACUGUGCCCCUCUUUGUCACAGCACGCCUGGGUGCAUGGCCUAGCUCCUCUUCCCACUAGGCCACCAGCCUUGGGCACAGCGAGGAGGAGCAGGAAGGGGCACCCCAAGCAGCAGAGGUACUGUCUGUGCUGUGGGUCCCUCCCCCCGCAGUGGCUGUGGCUAGGUCUUAGCCUGUCCACCCCAGCCUGGCCCCAGACAUUUCUCUAUUCCUCAGUUCUCCAUCCUGACGAAGGCAUUAUAUAGAAUCAUUGUAAUCACUUUCAGAUGUUAGAGCAGCAUAUUUUCCUGGCAUUUAUACCCAUGGCUUUCCUCAGCAAGGCAUGUUACUGCUUUCAUCUCUAAGGAAAAGGGACAAGGGAAUUUCCGCCAAGCAUUAUUUUCAUAUUACUAGUACUUACUGAGUAGAUGUAGGACUAUUUAAGUUUAGACCUUGGUUUGAUAGUUUGUGUUGAUUUCAAGGGAGAAAAAAGAUGAAAUAAUCCCUACUCCUCCUGUUUUUUGUAUUUAAUAUAUUAUUUCUUUAAGGUUACUAAUUUCCCUAGCCCCCUCCAAAUACUUUGCAUUCUCAAUCGAAAAUGAAAACAAUCUGAGAGACAGAAAAAGUGCAAUAUUCCAGGAGGGAUGCCAGGGUCAGUGAGAGGCAGGAGGGAAACCCCGUGGCCCCAUCUGCAGAGGGUGGAAAGGGAAUCAGAAUCGUGGCACAGAUGCUGGGACCUGUGAGGUUUGAUGUUUCGGCCUCCUCUGCCCCUCUCCUUCCCUGGCAAGAUGGUAGAGGUCCCCACCAGGGGACAACCCCUUCACUUUUGCUUGUGUCUACCCAGAAGAAAGGGGUUCAGGGAAGUGGUCUGGGACUCUUGAAUCCCAGGCCCAUCUGCAGAGUGAGGACAUUCAGGAACCUGUCCUUGUGUUCGUUUCUGUCGUCUUUGUAGCCAGCUGCUCUGAGAGACCUGUCCUGAAAGCCCCCAACAGCCCUCUCACCCCAGGCUCCCGAUGUUUGGACUCUCACUCUUUUGAUGUACGUUUGAAUCUUUCUAAAACUGUGGAACCUCAAUUCAGUUUAUGGGCAGGAACCCUGGAUAUAAGCAAAUCCAUUUGGAGGGUGUGGGUACCUUAAGCCCCACAACCCCAGACAGAUCCAACUCCCUUAGACCUGUAGUGGACCUGGGCCACUCAUCUUGGUAUCUGAGGAGUGAACCCUGCCCCUGCCACACCCCCCAAAGCCCUACCCCCCAACAGUGUUCAAGAGUUCUCCGAGGAGACUCCAAGGGGUCUGCUUGAGUCUGCAGAUGGGACCCCCACAACAGGUACCAAGCUGGCCUUUCCUCUGUGCAGGUGCAGGAAGACACAGGGCAGGAAAUCUCUGGUCCAGGCACCCUGAGUCCACCCUGAGUUUGGCAGGUGUAUCCUUGCCACCUCGUUACCUCCACCUCAGUACUGUGUGCUUGCUGCUCCAACCCUGGGUUGAGUUUCUGCACAGAUAGGAAUGUUUGUACUCGGAGUAAGACUGGGCCCAUGUAAGUAUCUUACUCUCCUUGGAGGAGGAAAUCUACAAAUCUAGUCUCAGAAUCACCAUGCAAAGCUCUCUGGAAAGAGAACUGUCCACAUCACUAAAGAAUUAAGAUUCCCUCACUUUUUUGAGGGCUGUGUAUUGUGCCUGUGUGUGUGUGUGUGUAUGUGUGCACGCGCAUGUGUGAGUGUUGGUAAUUUCCCACUUGAGCUAAAUAACAUGGAGUUACAGAAAAAAAACGUUGGACAAGCUGUCUCCAUGGAACAAGUCCUUGGCAUUGGGCAGGACCCAAGGGACUCGCAGCUCCUGGCAGCAAGUAUGUGUGCGUGUGUCAUCCAUACGCACAAUUCUGGCUGGAGAGUGCAAUGUGUCUUAUUAUUAUUAUUAAUUAUUUUAUUAUUUAGUUGGAAACUUCACACUGGCAUUAACAGAUCUAGCAGAAGCAGCCUAAGCUGUUGUCCUGGGUUCCAAAUAAAGAUACAGCAGAGAGAUUGCUACUCUACAUGGAAAUGCUGAGUUGGUUAUUAGGUCACCCACCUGCAGGUUCCUCACCGCACAGGCAGACUCCCACUCCUCAUCCUGAGAGUCAUCAGUAGAGAGGCCCCGUAAGAUAUAAGAGCAGCUGGCCUGGGUUCCUGUUUCUGAGAACCAGCCUGUGGGAUGCUCAGCAAGACCUGCAGUGCACACAGCAGUGGCUCCAGGGCCUGCCUGGACACUUCAUGAAGCAGUGUAGAGGGGCUCCCCUGGGUCUUACUGAGGCUGUCUCACCCCUGUCGGGCAGCCUCGUGUGUGGUUCCAAGCUCUUCCAUCAGAGGCAGGAUCAGUGACCCAACAGGCAUUGGCCACGGCGAUUUUAAUUUUCCUCCCGCUCUGUCCUCACCUAUAGAUGCCUAGACCUGGAUCCCGUGUGCUCCCUCUUUCUCUGUGCUGUCUUUCUCAAUCUCCUGUUUGCACUUGACCUUGACAGUGAGCAUCCUCAGUCAUUCUAGUCCUAGAACCUAGUGGCCUUACACAGUGGGAUCCCAGUGCUGAAGGUCCCUGCCUUGCUCCCAGUUCCAUCCUGGACAGUGGCCUGGACCUUAGGACCUGCAUUGUUUUAGAGCAAAAGGCUUGACUGAGCACGUUGGAGACAGGGAGAGGUACGUUGGCAAGCCUGAGUGUGUGCGUGUCUGGGGCGGUGUGGGAAGAUAGAAAGAGUUUGGAGGUUUGUUUUGUCAUUAUUGAUUAGAAGGCAGAAGUUGAUGCUGAAUGUUUCAGAAAGUAGAGAGCAGGUAGGCAGGAAAUUUCAUGAUUUGACAUUCAAGGGUCCCUCCAGAGCAGAAAUUUGGAAAAUCCUCCAAAUUUGGCCUCUGAAGAAGCCAGCAGACCAGAUUGCUACUCCCUGGCCAUGAGCUGAUCUUUGCAAACGGGCAUUGAUUUACUUAGUGGAGAAGGGGUCUUGUAAGCAACAAACAAGUCUUUGGGUUUAGAGGCCCUUUUUCCAGCAGACUCACUUCCAUCUUCCAGGUUCCCGCUGACUUUGCCCACUGCCUUUGUCUCAUCCAUAGCUGGCCUCUCAGGCUGUGUGAAUCAGGCAUGAUUGAUUGUGAUGGGCCUCACAGUAGGCACCCACUGUCCCAAAACUGAAGUGCAAGGUCUGGUAGGUCGGUCUGGGAGGAACAUAACCUCGCUCACCUUCUACUGCUGGCCUGAGGCUCUUUUGUACCUGCAGUGGUUCUGUCUGCCCGGCACAUUACAAAUCGGACAGCUGAAGGGAACGCCCAUCAAGUUGCUCUUCCAUUUUUUUAGUGGCUUCUAACCAAAGCACACUGCUCCGAAAGAGUUAGAGCAGGGUACCUGGCCACCACUGUUGGAUUUUCACCCUGUUCUCUGCAGCCGGCUUCCUUAAAACCCAGGAUACAGCAUGGGCAGUGGGUGACCCUUCUGGUCCCUGAGAAGUCUGCAGAAAGUGACUUGUGAGCAGGACAGGUGUGAGUGCCCAUCACUGUGGGCUGCAUGGUUGCAGGUGCACUGGUGGAUGUCACCAGGACCCCAGAAUUGUAGGAGAUCCCUCGUGGCCUCCACACAGCCCUGCCCUGCUCCUGAUGGGCUCCAUGGGUCCAGGUUUUUUCCUUUCCCUCAGCAGAGAAACUGGACAGAUGCAGUGCAGUCAGCAUGAGUACUAAGAUAUUCCCAGGUUCAAUGGUGGUGCUAAACUAUCUCCAUGUUUCUGAUAUUUUUAAUGGUGGGCUGUUUCAAUCACCACAAACAUGCAGUGCCGUGGGGAAGAGACCCCACUUGGCCUGCUACUUUCCACGUGUCCUUUAUCACUUUGAUGGGACUCUUUGGUCUGCAAAAUGCUCUGUCUUGGCAUGCUUCUAGACUGUAAGACUUGGGUUGUUUUGUUUUGUAUUUGGUUUAUGUUUACAUGCAUCUUGUAUUUCUCUGAAAACUAAAUAAAGUUUUUGGCCUUUUUAA